CUCUCCUCCUUAUGGUUUUAUUUAUGGUUGACAUGGACUAACACCUUUUACUCCUGACGAAAUCAGCGGUACGCACGGAGUGAUGCACCUCUCUUCCCUCCCUCCGAUAUUUACCUGCUUGGGCUUUAUUAUGCAAUACAGUUGAUAAGCAUACCUAUUGGUUUAAUUGGAAUAUUUUGACCGUUCUGUAUAUGCUGAAUUGGUGAUAUUCUUACCUUUUGAACCGAGUAACUGUAUAUACUUAUUAUAUUUUGUACACCCAGGUAUUACAAUAUGAAGGCAAGCAGUCGCUCAGUACUGGAUUGUUUGUCUUUCACAUACUUGGCAGUGUGAAAACCAAUGGGGAGAAGUUUGGUUCUAUUUACUCUUUUGUACCAUAAAUGAUGGAAGGCUAAUUAGUAUAAUAAAGUUUGCCUUUUACAUGAUGCUGGUGCAGAGUUAUGGUGUCCUUUGUUUGUUUCAUGGGGCUGCACACAGCCCUGUAAAUUUCAGUUGUGAUGUCAUUGCAUAGAGGCUAUGGGACAAGUGGCAGUUGGAAACAGAGGUCUAGAGACGAGCACUUACGGCAGUUGGUUUCAGUACUUGGUUUGUCUCAGACCAGAGUGCAUCUCUUGGCGAUUCCUCGAUCCUCCAAGUGAUUUCAGAGUGAGAAAAAGCGAUUUUUUUUUGCAGCGGAAAGCAAAUUCACCAACUUUGGUUGAGAGGAAUUGCUUUUGAAGAAAGAAGAAUAUUUCUACAGAAGAAGAAAAUCAAAAGUCCAUUCUUUGAGACUUUAUUGAUACCAUCAAGAUGAAGAGAAGGAUCGACGACGUGAGCAGCAGCGAGGAAAAAAGUGGGCGAAAAAGGAAGAAAAAGAGAAGAAUACACAAGUGCAGCUCCAGUGAGGAAAUAAAAAUGGAAGGAAGGAAAAGACCCAGAGAGAGUGAGAACAGCGCUACAUCAGAACGAGGAAGUGAAUUGAAGAGACCCCGUGUGGAAGAAGAACUUCCUCUCCCAGUAGCAAUCAGCAACUGCACCAUCCAUGCUGAGCUUGGGAGUGGAACAUACGGCAGAGUUUGGUUGGUAUCUUUACAAGACAGGAUCCAGCAUAUGGCCAUCAAGGUCAUUAAGAAGAGCAACACCAACACGUCCAACAACAUCACAGAGGCACGGGUAUUGAAGACAGCAGCUGGAUGCCCGUACCUUUGCUCUGCCUAUGGUUCUUUCCAAACACAGGGGCAUGUUCUUCAUGCUAUGGAGUAUGUCAGCGGAGGGACCCUAUGGAGCGUCAUCAAGAACAGCGUCCGGCUAGAGAAUGACUUAGUAAGAUUCUACGCAGCAGAGCUGGUGUGCGGCCUGCAGUUUCUCCACUCAAAUGGGAUUAUCCAUCGGGAUCUUAAACCAUCUAAUGUCCUAGUAACCAACGAGGGACAUAUAAAGAUCGCUGAUUUUGGCUUGGCAGCUGAGGGCAUCUUUGGCAAUAAAAAGAUCAGAGGUAGAAAAGGAACACCUGCCUUUAUGGCCCCAGAGAUGCUAAAAAAGGAGAAAUAUAACACAGGAAUAGACUGGUGGUCAUUAGGGAUCACCAUAUGUAAAAUGGCCUCCGGGACCUUACCAUUCAAGGAGGGCAAGGCAGAAUGUCGUCCAUCUAUUCUACUUGCAGAGCCUUGCUUUCCAGAAUGGUUUAGUGCAGAAUUGCAAGAUCUCCUGCAAAGGCUCCUGAAGAAGGAUCCAAAGGAACGUCUAGGCUUGAAUGGAAACAUUCGGGAGCACCCAUUUUUUAACACCAUUGAUUGGGUGCAACUAGAAAGCCAGAAUGUACCACCUCCUUCCCAGCCAGUAGCAGUAAGUACAUGACUGCAGCAUCUAAUGAGAUACCACCACUGUUUAUUUAGAGACCACAGUACUCAAUUGGAUCUAUUAUCCAACCC